AUGGAAGUUGCGGAUACUGUCAUGGAGGAUGCUGUGGACACUGACAUGGAGGAUGUUGUCAUUCCUCUGGACCUGACACUUCCAUCGACUCCACGAGCUUCUUCUGUACUCGUUCCGAUGCCGUCUCACCCAGAGACCCCGUUGGCUUCUUCUCCCCUGUCUGUACCUCAGGUUGUUGAACCUCCCUCUCCGUCCUCCUCACCCGCUUCGUCGCGACUGCUGUCUUCUCGGACUGUCAUUGAAUAUAUCUCUGACUCCGAAGCUUCAGUUUCAGGGGAAGAUUACAGAACUUCUUACUAUGAACGUCAUCACGAUAACUUUGACUGUUCAGAUGAUGAAGACUAUAUUGACAAACCUAUAAAGAAAAGAAAAGCUAUUACUGGAAAACUUCGUAGAAGAUCAGAAGUACUGUCUGAGGAUGAAACUGAACCUUCUAAGAAGCAGAAGAAGCAGAAUGAGCCAGACUCCUCACUUGUUGUCAGAGGAUCUGCCAAUUUCAUGUCGCAUGCUUAUGUUGUAAGCGCAAAGAAAGACGGCGUGCCAAUUACAUACAAACAAGCCAUGCUGAGCAGAUGA